GAAUGGACAAACCUAGAAUAUUAAAAAAUCUGCAACCAUUGAAAAUACAUUAUCCAGAAAUUUAUAAUAGAUGUAAUAAUUUGGUAGAGAGAAUUGGAGAGCGACCCAGUGAAGUUUUUGAUUCAAUAAAUAGCUCAGAUGCGUCCGAAAAACUAGCAGGAAUCUAUUUAAUUUUAUGUUUGGCUGAUGCUAGUUUUGAUGAGGAAACAACAAAAAUUACAAAUUUUGCUAGAAAUUUGCUUCGUAUGUUAACAAUGAAUUCACAAGAGUCAGUUAUUCGAUUGGCGUCAAAAGCUGUUGCUUAUUUAAUUUUGACUUCAAAAUCCUAUGCUGUAGAAUUAAUGGAAGUAGCAUUAAAUCAAUGUUUUGAAUGGUUAGAAGAACAACAACGAAGUGAACAGCGUCGACUUGCAGCUGUUAUUCUUGCCAAAGAUUUGGCUAUUUUUACACAAUCACAUUUUUUUCAACGUGCCAAUCAAUUUUUUGCAAAUAUUUUUAAAUGUAUUAGAGAUUCAAAACCAAAUUUGAGGUUGGCAGCAGCUGAAGCAUUGAGGGCUGGUUUAGCAGUUACUUCACAAAGAGAGACUAAACAUAAAAAUGAAUGGUACAAUAAAUGUAUCAAAGAAGCAUGCCAAUUUGAUUUCCCUACAAUUUCUCGUGAUGAUAUUUUACAUGGUUCUUUACUUAUAUUCAACGAAUUACUUCGAAUAGCCAAUUAUUCACAUGAAAAUGCUCGUCUACAACUUGUUGGAAUUACUCAACAUUUUAAUAAAUCACGUUCUUCAAUUAUUGGACAAAGCCCUAUUGAAUGGCUUUUAGAACCUAUUCAACCACCAACUGUAGAAUCGAGAACUGCGAGGACUUUAAUUACUGAUUAUUUUCAAGAGAUUGUCAAGAAUUGCUUUGAGGCUCGCAACAGUAAAACCCCUUAUUGUAAACUUAUUCUUUUGGAACUUUUUCCAAGAUUGGCCAGUUUUUCUGAUAAUAAUGGACAACAAUUGUUUUGUUACGUUCCUGAAGCAGCAGAACAUUCUUUGGCUUUGGUAGGAAAAUAUCCUGAAGCUAUGCUUACUUUGGGAUUGUUAGCCCUUAGCAGGCCAUUAGAAAUCAGAUCGAAAAUUGCUCCUAUUCUCAAUAUAUUAAUUCAACAUAUGCAUUUGGCCGUUUCUAAAAAAAAAUUGGUUCAUGACAAUGACUUUAAAUGUCUAUCGUUGGUUGUACGCUCUCAACUCUCUUACCUUUGUGAAAAAAUUCGUGAAUUGCUUCCACUUUUCUUCUCUACCGGAAUAUCUGAAGGCUUGAUAACUGUUAUGCACGACAUUAUUAAUGCAAUCCCUGAAUUAAAAGCUGAUGUUUUCGACGGUUUAAUGGAUCAACUUUACCACUUGCUUAUGGACAGACCAAGACCUAGUAAAUUAGCACCUCCUACAGCUCCACCAAUUCCUGCUGGACCUAUUCAACCCGUCAAUAUUCCACAAACAAAAUUGGCAUUAAAAACACUUGGAGAAUUUAAUUUUUCACGUCAUUCACUUCAAAUGUUUUUGCGUUAUGUGGCUAUGGGUUAUUUAAUUAGUGAUUCUGUAGAAAUUCGUUUAACAGCAGUUUAUAGUUGUACAGAAAUGUUAAAACCUUUUAUCAUGGUUUAUGAAAAUGUUGAAAAUCAACAAAAAGCUGAAGUUUACAAUUUAAUUAGAAAUGUUUUGGAAUGUCUUGUUAAAACUGCUAUUGUUGAUACUGGUAAGGUUUUUGGUUUUGCACUCUAUUAGACAUCGAAACUUUUGAACAAUAUUUGUGG